UGCUUUUAUUUUCGUUGACUCUGUUAAAAAACAGAGAUCGUCCACCGCCUAUUCAUACUCAUAGAGGGUGAAUUUGUACGAUUAGUUUCGGAUUUUAUCGUGUAAUAAAAAAACGAGGCAAACUUAAUGUUAGGCAUCGCCGGCACGAGCAGCGAAUCCUUCGAAAUAAGAGCCUAAUGUUUUCCGCGCUUUUCGUGUGUAAGAGGACGCUUAGCUUUAUCUUCACUGGUUCCCCACUCUGACAGGAAACCCAAAUAACAGAACCUCGUCGGAACUGGUUUGUUGGCAGAGCUACGUAAAGAUCACACUUGAGGCCGAUUUGAGAGGCUAAGACUCACCUUCUCAGCAUCACUGGCACACAUUUGACACGAUGGCUCAGGGCGCCAAUCAUGGCAAACUGCUCCUGCAACGCCUGCAUCAGCAGCGGGAGAUGGACUUCCUGUGCGACGUCACCAUUGUGGUGAGAGACGUGGAGUUCCGGGCGCACCGCAACAUCCUGGCAGCCUUCAGCAAGUACUUCUCCUCCCAGGCGGAGAAGGGUCAAGAGGUGACCACCCUGGACCCUGACAAAGUCAGCCGAUACGCUCUGGAGAAGCUGUUGGAGUUUGUGUACACGGGACAGAUGAACCUCAGCAGCACCAGACAAGCUGCCGUCCGCCGAGCUGCCAUCUUUCUGGGAAUGUGUGAAGCCACAAAGUACCUGGAGGAAAGUCACCACUGGUCCGAGGCGAGCGAAGCGUACCAGUCCGAGGCGGACAAAGAAGCCGGCCUCUCCUCUGUCAGUCCCGGCUCUCCAGGCAGCCCCCACUCGCCCGUCACUUUGUCCAUCGCGUCCGUCUCAGGAGCGUGGGAGGAGGAGGGCAAAGACAGCAAGGAGCAGGGGAACGAGGCUGCCGGUUUGGAGCAGGAGGAAGGAAUCACAAAUAUUGACGAGUACAUGUCCGUGAUGGAGAUGAGCGGCGAGAAGGGGAUGGGCAGGAAGCGGGGCAGGAGGCCCAAAAGUUUUGACGGCGAGCUGUCAGAGUUUCUGGAGGAGACGACCAAAACCCCAGCCCACAGGGGACGGGGAAGGGGCCGCGGGAGAGGGAGGGGAAGAGGCAGGGGAGUCAUCAAGAGUGAAGAGCCCUUUCCGGAGGAUUCCGACACCAGUGUGAAGGACUUCGGAGACACGUCGGCGGACUGGAGCCCCUCUCAGGACGAGUCCCCUGCCAAGAAGCUGCGUCUGAGCGCCGGGGAGGGGCGGCGAGGGCGUGGCCGGGGGCGGGGACGAGGCAGAGGGAGGGGACGGGGCAGGAGGCGGAUGGAGGAUGAGGACGACGACGAUGACGACGGCAGCGGCGAGGAAGGAGACGAGGGAGAACAGGACGCCAGCGGCAUGGACGACAUGAACCUGUCGUGCACCGAGUGCAACAAGAUGUUCAAAGACAUGAGCAGCCUGCGACGCCACGAGAAGAUCCACAAGGGACUCAAACCUUUUGUCUGCAUCUUCUGCUCCAAGACAUUCCGACAAGCCACCCAGCUCAAAACUCACCUCCGCAUCCAUACAGGCGAGAAGCCGUUCAGCUGCUCCAACUGCGAUAAGUGCUUCGCCCAGAAAUGCCAGCUGGUGGCCCACCGUCGCAUGUACCACGGCGAGGAGAAGCCGUACACGUGCGAGCGCUGCGGCUUCAAGUUCGCCACCUCGUCCAACUACAAGAUCCACAUCAGGCUGCACAGCGGAGAAAAGCCGUACGUGUGCGACGUUUGCGGCCAGGCCUUCGCUCAGUCCAGCACGCUGACCUACCACAAGCGGCGCCACACCGGGGAGAAGCCAUACCAGUGCGACCUGUGCGGCAUGUCGUUCUCCGUUUCGUCCUCGCUCAUUGCUCACGCACGCAAACACACUGGUGAGACUCCGUACAAAUGCUCCCAACCGCACUGCGGCUCCAGGUUCGUCACGUCGUCCGAACUGAAGAAGCACAUGCGACGACUUCACCCAGAGGGCAACAACGGCGUGCAGUGCCUGCUGUGUGGAAACAGGUUCGCCAGCGUGAAGAACAUGAUCAAGCACCAGGAGAAGGCGCAUGCCGACGAAGUUCGCCAACACAAAGAGAGAGCACGAGCAGUUGUCCUGCUGGCGUCCAGCCAUCCCGUGGCCUUCGUGCAGAGCAAACUGUCCAGCGAUAAAGGUCUGACCUCCAUUCCCGAAGGAGAGCCCCCCAACCCAGAACCGGCCACGCCCCACCCCAAAGCCUCAGGCCCUUCCGCCAGCAACAACAACGACGACGACGACGGCGUUCUCGGCGACAGCCUGCAGGACUUGAAGGUGGAGCCCAGCCACACGCCCAUCUCCCCCGCCGACCCCGUCACCUUUGAGGCGGACGCGGAGCAGACCAUCAACUCAGACACGCUCCACGCGCUGGUGGAGCAGCUGAGGCCGCCGGCCUCGCCCGCACAGAGCCUGGAGCAGAUCGUCAUCAUCCGCACGGUGGACAACCCCGAGCACAACCGUCCCCCGCAGUGAGCACAGAGUGAGACAUCUUUACUGUCUCACUCCAAAGAACCUUUUUGGACUUGUUAGUGAGGAACUUUUUCAAAGAUUGAGCUUCAGCCUUUUUGUUAGCGUAGAACAUGUGUGGUUGCUUUAACGUGACGUCACGCCCACGUUGUGACUUUGCACACGCAAAUGAUGAUUUUAUUAGGUUUUGCAAGUGAAACAACGCUAGACCCUGCAAUUAAUUCCUCGUAUUUUCACUGAAGCUGUGAUGUCACUGAAUUUCUUUACAAAGAUCUUGUCUCCACAUGCUUCUUUUUCCCUUCUUGAUUUAUAUUUAGUAUUUUUUUCCCCAUUUUAAUGAACUUGUCUGCAUCAUAUGUACAGAAAGACGUAUUAGCACCGCGUAAAACUUUAAAACAUCCAAUAAAUGUCUGAAAUCGAAAAAGAUGUUUGACUUCUAUU